CGAGAUUACAUUAAUCAAAAAUUUAAUCAUGAUGGAUUUUAAUGUAAAAAAAAUUGUUCGCGAUGCUGGCAGUGCAAUCAGUAGAGUCGUACAGUUAACAGAAGAGAAACUAGGAACUUCUGAAAAAACAGAACUUGAUUCUCAUUUUGAAACGUUAUGUGAAAGAUGUGAUCAAGUUAAACAAUGGACAGAAAAGCUUAUAAAAGAUACAGAAGCAGUUCUCAUACCCAAUCCAAGUCAGCGAGUUGAAGACAUAAUAUUUGAUAAAAUUGAAAAGAAAAGGCCACAGAGAUUGAGUAAUCUAGAAUAUUUGGGCUCAGAUAUGAUUGAGGCUGGAAAUACUUUUGGUCAGUACACAGAUUAUGGAAAAGCACUCAUUAAAAUUGGUCAAACUGAACAAAAACUAGGAAAAUGUGAAAGAGAUUUUAUCAAUUCAGCUGAAGUGUGUUACACGCAACCAUUGAGAAAGUUUAUUGAUGGGGAUUUAAAAGCUGUAGCAAAGGAAAGAAAUUUAUUAGUGACUAAAAGGUUAGAUUUAGAUGCUUGCAAGAACAGAGUUAGGAAAGCAAGGACUAUGUUGGGACAGCAAACGAAGGAUGGUAUACCUCCAGAAGUUAUGGUCGAAGAGGCGGAACGUGAUCUCAGAAUUGCCCAGUCAGAAUUUGAUAGGCAAGCCGAAAUUACAAAGUUGCUUCUUGAAGGUAUAGGAAGUUCUCAGAAGAGUCAUCUCCACUACUUGCGAGAUUUCAUUAAAGCUCAAGUUCGACAUUAUGAGCAAAGUUAUCAAAUAAUGAAAAACCUUCAAUCUGAAAUGGAUUUAGAUACUGCAAAUACGUCAUGUGAUAAAGGCAAUCUCAUUCCAUGUGAACUUGAGGGACAUAAAAAAGCUCGUGUGCUGUGUGAUUAUGAUGCAGUUGAUAAUACGGAACUCAGUCUUAUUGCUGGAGAGGAAAUAUUGGUGAGUGAUUGCAAUCCAGUCAGUAGUGACUUUUUAAUGGGGCAUAGAAAUUCUCGCUCUGGUAAAGUCCCUAUUGCUUUUCUUGAAAUUGUUGAAUGUUGAAUUUACAUUUUAUUAGUUCAGAUAGUUACUAGCUUU